CGGCUGGCCGUGACGCUCCUCGUGACGCUGGGCGUGACGCCCGUGACGCGUGCCAACCCGGACGCCCGACGACUCUACGAUGACCUGCUUUCCAACUACAACCGGCUAAUACGUCCCGUGUCCAACGCCAGCGACCGGGUCACGGUCAAGCUGGGUCUGCGGCUUUCUCAGCUCAUGGACCUGAAUCUGAAGGAUCAGAUCUUGACUACGAACGUGUGGGUGGAACAUGAGUGGAAGGACCAUAAGUUCGUCUGGGAGCCCAGGGAGUACGGCGGCGUGACCGAGCUGUAUGUGCCCGCCGAGCACAUCUGGCUACCGGACAUCGUGCUCUACAACAAUGCCGACGGCGAGUACGUCAUUACGACGCUGACGAAGGCCAUCAUCUAUUACGACGGCCGGGUAGUGUGGCAUCCGCCGGCGAUUUUCAAGUCGUACUGCGAGAUAGACGUGCGCUACUUUCCGUUCGAUCAGCAGCAGUGUUUCAUGAAGUUUGGCAGCUGGACGUACGACGGCUUCCAGAUUGACCUGCGUCACAUCCAUCAAUCGGCCGACUCGAACUUCGUGGAACUGGGCAUUGACCUGAAGGAGUACUACCCGAGCGUGGAGUGGGACAUUCUGCGCGCGCCCGCCACGCGACACGAGAAAUUCUACCCCUGCUGCGUGGAGCCGUACCCAGAUAUCUACUUCAACGUGACGUUGCGCAGGAAGACGUUGUUCUACACUGUGAACCUCAUCAUCCCGUGCGUGGGCCUCUCGUACCUGUCGGUGCUCGUGUUCUACCUGCCGGCCGAUUCCGGCGAGAAGGUGGCCCUCUGCAUUACCAUCCUGCUCUCGCAGACCAUGUUUUUCUUGCUCAUCUCGGAGAUCAUUCCGUCGACGUCGCUGGCGGUGCCGCUGCUCGGCAAGUACCUGCUGUUCACUAUGAUCCUGGUCACCAUAUCCGUCAUCUCCACCAUCGUCAUCCUCAACAUCCACUACCGCAAGCCGUCCACGCACAAGAUGGCGCCUUGGGUGCGCAGCUUUUUCAUCCACGAGCUGCCGCGGUUCAUCCUGAUGCGCAUGCCGGAGCGCGACGCGCCGGCGUCGGCUCCAUUCGAGCCCAGUGCCAGCGCCCCCCUCGGCGCGUUCCAGCCUGUGCACGCCGAGAUGGAUGAGAGCGCCCGGCUCCAGGCUCUGAACUUCUUCGGUGACGAGCGGCGCUACCCGUUCGAGAUCGAACGCGCCAUACAGAACGUCAAGUUCGUGCACCACUGCUGGAAGGUGCAGGACCAGUUUGACGAGGAGGACCAGGACUGGGCGUUCAUCGCCAUGGUGAUCGACAGGGUGCUGCUGCUGCUGUUCGGCGUCGUCUCGCUGCUCGGCACGUUCGUCAUCCUGUGCGAGUCGCCGUUCCUGUACGACACCACCCAGGCAAUCGACGUGCAGCUGUCGGAGGUGGCGCACCAGAUGGCCGUCUUCGCCGGCGGGCCGAGCGCGCCGGGGGACACCCGCGUCGUCAUCAAGGCGGACCGGGACGGCUGGAGCACAGCCGGCGUCAUCAAGGCGCCGCGUCGCGGCCGACUGGGCGCGACCACACGCUCACUGCCCGACCUCAGGGCGCCACCACUGAAGCCGCAGGCGGCCGGCGGCACGCACGAGGUCAGCGCGCCCCGCGACCGGCACCGAGCGUCGUCGGACAAAGGCAGCCGCCAAGCCCUGACGACCGCGAAGGAAGCAUGCGAGCAGCUUCGCACACAUCAGCAGGACUGCAAGGGCGGCCGAGACCGACCGGCGGCGUGGCCUGUGCGCAAGAGAGAGCCGGCAGCGCCCGGCGCCGUGCUCGACGCCGGCAUGAGGUCGAUCGGGGGAAGAGCCAGUGACGCGUCCCGCGCCCGCCUGCGUCUGGCGAGCAGUGACGCGUGCCUGACCGCUCGCACACUGACCAUGAGCGGGCAGCACGCCACAGGCCGCGUCGCCCCGCGUCUGCGGCUGCGCGGCACUCUGUGGCCACCGCGCUCCGGCUUCGGGCCUUAUCGACCGGAGCCGGCAGGCAGCGGCGCCGGAGGCACCUCUCGCGGCCCCCGGGCGGCCCACCAGCCCGGCCGGCGGCGCACCACGCCGAUUGGCUGCGGGUCACCUGUGUCGGUGUGCGGCGGGGGUCACUGCCCGGACUGCGCUGAUAUCUACUUCAACGUGACGUUGCGCAGGAAGACGUUGUUCUACACUGUGAACCUCAUCAUCCCGUGCGUGGGCCUCUCGUACCUGUCGGUGCUCGUGUUCUACCUGCCGGCCGAUUCCGGCGAGAAGGUGGCCCUCUGCAUUACCAUCCUGCUCUCGCAGACCAUGUUUUUCUUGCUCAUCUCGGAGAUCAUUCCGUCGACGUCGCUGGCGGUGCCGCUGCUCGGCAAGUACCUGCUGUUCACUAUGAUCCUGGUCACCAUAUCCGUCAUCUCCACCAUCGUCAUCCUCAACAUCCACUACCGCAAGCCGUCCACGCACAAGAUGGCGCCUUGGGUGCGCAGCUUUUUCAUCCACGAGCUGCCGCGGUUCAUCCUGAUGCGCAUGCCGGAGCGCGACGCGCCGGCGUCGGCUCCAUUCGAGCCCAGUGCCAGCGCCCCCCUCGGCGCGUUCCAGCCUGUGCACGCCGAGAUGGAUGAGAGCGCCCGGCUCCAGGCUCUGAACUUCUUCGGUGACGAGCGGCGCUACCCGUUCGAGAUCGAGCGCGCCAUACAGAACGUCAAGUUCGUGCACCACUGCUGGAAGGUGCAGGACCAGUUUGACGAGGAGGACCAGGACUGGGCGUUCAUCGCCAUGGUGAUCGACAGGGUGCUGCUGCUGCUGUUCGGCGUCGUCUCGCUGCUCGGCACGUUCGUCAUCCUGUGCGAGUCGCCGUUCCUGUACGACACCACCCAGGCAAUCGACGUGCAGCUGUCGGAGGUGGCGCACCAGAUGGCCGUCUUCGCCGGUGACGUGUGA